AUGGCAUUUUUUGAUUCGUCGUCUACACCAGUUGUUGAUUUUUUAUCUUCAACACCACCUAGUAUUACUCGUGUUUUAACUUAUACCUCACCUUUUGUUCAUCUGUUUUCAUACUUUCUAUCCUUGAUGACUUGGUCGACAGGAAAUCCCUCUGAAUCUUGUUUAUUAGUGGCUGCUUGGUGGACACUAUGCCUUUAUCCUAAAGAAUUGAUUAUAUAUGGAAUACAUCUCUCUUUACUUGUAUGGUUGGUUUAUAAUUGGAUCCAAAAAGGAAAACUUGAAAGAUUAGGCAAACCCAAGAAUAGUAAAGCAAUGACGCAAUAUGAUCUCAAUCAAACAGUCUUUGAGAUUCACACAAUAUCUGAAAAACUAUCUGAUUUCCAUGCUUUAAUAAAUUCCUUGAACUCUUACAUUGAUUGGUCAGAUCCGGAGAAAACCAAAAGAGUUAUCAUGAUAUUAUUAUAUUCAUAUCCUAUAUGGAUAAUAUUUAAUUACCUAGGAAAUUUGUCAUGGACAUUUAUAAUACUUGGUACUAUUUGUUUAGUGUGGAAUAGCCCAUGGUUCAAAGUGAUCAAAUAUGUGGUAAUUAAAUCAACUUUAUUACGUGAAACUGUUUAUUUUAUAGGUGGAUUUUUUUUUAGAAAUGGGCAAUUUUCACAAAAGCGAAAAGGGAAGGGAGGGUUUUCUGUCAGAGAAUUGAUUAUGAAAGCAAAAGGUCAACAACAACAAAAACUCACUUCUAUGUUAUCAAAUGUUAACGUUGCCACGAAAAAAGGUUUGACAAGAGAUGGGUCAAAAACUUCAACAGAUUUAAUUUUUCAAUUUGUUCUAUAUGAAAAUCAACGUUGGUGGUUAGGACUAGAUUGGACUACUAAUUUGUUUCCUAAUGAAAGGCCACCAUGGUCUGAUGAAUAUCUUGAACCAACUGAUUCUAAAAAUAAUUUUCAACUUCCUGCACCAUCAACUCAAACUAUCGAUGAUAAAAAUGUUUUAAUCAAAACAACAAGAAAAUGGGAAUGGUUAGAUCCUGAUUGGACUAUAAGUCAUGAUGGAGAUGUUGAUAAAGAUGGUUGGGUGUAUACAGAUAAUCAUUGGAAAAAUCCAACAUCAAAAGGAGGUAAUAUGAACGAGACUAGUAAAUCAAAAGAAGAGAACAAUAAAAAUAUGUUAAAGUCGAAUGUUGUUGAGGAUGAAAAAGAAAAGAUUAAUCAUAACAAUAGUGACAAUAACGACGACGACGAUGAUAAUGAUGAGAAAUAA